GAAAAGCCAAGGUGCCUGUGCUGGGCGCCUUCCGUCUCAGGGAGGGCUAAGUGCAGCGUCUCCCCGUUCGCACGUUCUUGACUCCCGUCAGCCGCCGUAGGCCCCCCGCAAACCUCUGUACCCCUUCCUGCCGUCCUCGGCCCGCAGCUCUGCGCCUGCUCACCAACGAGGCUGCCUGGCGCACCCACCCUCCUCCGGUUCUGUCUCCCCGGCCGCGACUGCGCCUGCGUACGGACGCCCCCACCGGCACCGCAGGGAGGAGGGGAUGGCAAUGAGGCUGGACCCCGCCGCUGUCGAGCGCGCCCUGCCCGGCCCUCCGGUCGCUGGGCGCACGGCGUGCGGCGCAGCUCCGUCGCAUCCGAGGGCAGCGGGGCUGCGACCUCGGCCUCCGCGAGCAGGGCCCGCCGCCCCGCCCCGGGGAGGUGCAGCCCGCAGGUCUCCUCUCUACCCUCUACGGCUUCACCUCCACACCGGGGAUGCCAUUUAGCAGAGGGGAAGAAAUUUAGCGGUCCUCCUGGCGUCAAUGGACUGAGGCUAAGCCAAAAGGUUCCUGGGCCAGCAAGAUGCUGGAGCGAGACGCAGAGCCGGAGGCUGAGGCCACAGACUCUCGUCCUGCAGGCCAGGAGCCAGUGACCAAAGGCGGAGGUCGCCAGCAGGGUUUGUCCAAGAAGCCCCUCCAGUCGGCUCCGGGGCCUGCUGCGCCCACAGAGACGCCGUCGCGACCCCGCCGCCGCCCCCCGCCCCAGCGCCCGCACCGGUGCCCCGACUGCGACAAGGCCUUCUCGUACCCGUCCAAGCUGGCCACGCACCGCUUGGCGCACGGUGGCGCCCGCCCCCACCCGUGCCCCGACUGCCCCAAGGCCUUCUCCUACCCGUCCAAGCUGGCCGCCCACCGCCUCACGCACAGCGGCGCCCGCCCGCACCCGUGCCCGCACUGCCCGAAGGCCUUCGGCCACCGCUCCAAGCUGGCCGCCCACCUCUGGACGCACGCGCCCGCCCGCCCCUACCCGUGCCCGGACUGCCCCAAGUCCUUCUGCUACCCCUCCAAACUGGCUGCGCACCGACACACGCACCACGCCACCGAGGCCCGCCCCUACCCGUGUCCACACUGCCCCAAGGCCUUCUCGUUCCCCUCCAAACUGGCCGCCCACCGCCUGUGCCACGACCCCCCCACCGCGCCCAGCAGCCGGGCCACCGCCCGGCGACAUCGCUGCUCCAGCUGCGGCCAGGCCUUCGGCCAGAGACGCCUCCUGCUCCUUCACCAGCGCAGCCACCACCAGGCGGAGGGCCAGGGGGAGCGGGAGUGAGCCCUCCCCUCGGCUCACUGGCGCCCUCUGCCGCCAGCUCCAGUGAACACUGAGGGGGCAUCUCUAAACCAGGCUUGCCUCUCCUAGCUGGCAGGGAGGUUGGCCCCUCCUACGUGCUGGGCUCUAACUUAAAAGGUGGAGGAGCUCUUUGCUCACCCACUUUGGGGAAGGGGAGAGAAUGUGUCAACCACAGAGAGCUAACCGGCCCCGAACCAUGGACCUGGAGCUGUGGUGGGGAAGAACUGAACAUUCAUUUGGCAAAGGUACGAAGCCUGCUAGCACGGUGGGGAAACAGCCUCGCUCCUAUUGUUGUACGUUAAAUUGGUGCUUCCAUUUUGGCCGUUUGGCCAUACCUAUGAAAUACUUAAAUGCACACCUGCUCAUGUCAGCUAUUCCACUUCUAAGAAUGUAUCCUAUAAAUAAACUCAAGCAUGUGAACAAGGCCUAAGGACAAGGAUGUUCGCUGUAGCCCAAAGAUGGGAAACAACCCAAGUGUUCAUCAAUCGAGACCAGCUAAUUAAUUACAAUACAGCCAUAGAACGGUAGAUGUCGCUGUAGGGGGGGGGGGAGAAAUCAGCUCAGUGUGUACCGAUGUGGGAAGAUUCCCAAGAUAUAAAUGAUAAAAGCCAGAACAAGGGGCAUACUGCUGAUAGUAGGUGAAGUCCUAGCUUCGGAGCCAGCCCUGACCCACUGAGUAUGAGCCGAGGGGCCUUGGGCAACCUUGGGCACAUUUCUGGACUCAGAUACCUUAUCUAUAAAAUGGGGGUGUUAUAAGGCCCUUGUAAAGUGCCAGCAUCACCAUCUUGGGCAAGUCAGUUUCCUUCUGAGAGCCAGUUUCUCUCACUAUAAAACCAGGUGAUUGAGUUAACAUUGAACUGCUCUUCAUCCUGCACAUUAAGCACCUACUGUAUGCUAAGACCUGAAUAGGGUAUUAGGAAUACAGCAGUAAAUAAGAUAGACCUGGUUUAGUAGGAUGGUGAGGAGGCCAGUCACUAGUCAAGCAAUG